UAAGUGGGAGUCUGACCAUGACCCUCUCCUUUUCUGCAUCUGUUUCAGCAUCUUCAUCUUCCCCAUAUCAUUUACAUCUCUUUCUCUCUCUAUUUAUACCAACCACUUUCUCAUCUUCGUUCUUCAUCAAAAACCUCUGAUUUUCUCUCUCCUUCCUUCUUCUCUCUUGAUAUUUCUCUAAAAGUUACUAACUUUAGUUAAUCAACAAACUAAUAAUGGCUGCAUCAUCUUCCAUUUUGUCAAACACCAUUUCUUCAUCUCUUAAAAACUGUCAAAAAUCAAAAUCUCUUGCAUUUUCUCCUCUUAGAUUUGGUCAGAUUGGGGUUAAAUCUUCUGGGUUUUCUCUCACUAAUAAAUCCCUCAAGUUUAAAGCUGCUAAUCAGCUACCAGUCAGAUCUUUUACUUGUAGAAGCUCUGCUGAUCCUGCAGAAUCAGCUGUUAAGGUUCAUGAAUUCUGUGUUUAUGAGAUGAAUGAGCGCGAUCGCGGUAGUCCUGCAGUUCUUAAACUUAGCCAGAAGCCUGUCUUUUCCCUUGGAGACUUGAUUCCUUUCACCAACAAGUUAUACACAGGGGACUUGGAAAAGAGGCUAGGAAUAUCAGCAGGAAUCUGCAUAUUGAUCCAAAACAAGCCAGAAAUGAAAGGGGACAGAUAUGAGGCAAUAUUCAGCUUAUACUUUGGAGAUUAUGGUCACAUUUCAGUCCAAGGACCAUACUUAACCUAUGGUGAAUCACACUUAGCCAUAACAGGCGGUUCAGGGAUUUUCGAGGGAGCGUAUGGACAGGUGAAGCUGCAACAAAUUGUGUACCCUUUCAAGAUUUUCUACACAUUUUACUUGAAGGGAAUUAAGGGUGAUUUGCCUAAAGAGCUUUUGUGUAAGCAUGUUGAGCCACACCCGGAUGUUGAGGCCUCUGCUGCUGCUAAGGCCACUCACCCUGAAGCUGCUAUCCCUAAUUUUACAGACUAAUUUAGUGUUUAAGUGUUAAGUGAGUUGAGUUUAUAUGAUUUGUUCCUUUAGGUUAAGGGGUGGUUUCUCUUGGUUGAUGUUGAUGUUGAUCUUGUUCUAGUUUCUUAAGUAUCAGGGAAUGUAGCGGUUUUAUUUGAUGAAUAAAUUCUAUUUGAUGAUCA